GAAAUUCAGCAAAGAUCAGUGCAAAGUCAUGCCCCAAGGAAAGUAGAACCCCUUGCAAGGACUGACUGUGGAACAACUCUGAGGAAAAGGACGUGAGGAUCCAGAGAGGCUGUGCAAUCUCCAUUUCUGUGUUUUCUAUGACCCAGUUGGACAAAGUCCUGAACAACCUGGUCUGACCGCAGAGAUGCUAUAGUUUUGAGCAAAAGGUUGGACCUGUUGAGGUCACUUCUCACCUGAAUUAUCCUGUGAUCCUGCAAUGUCCGGAAAGAAUUAAUUAUAGAAAAGUCACACUGGAAUCAGCACAUAGAAGAAAAUGCAGAGGCUUGGAGGCUGGUUUCUUGGAGCUGAUGUAAACAAGAAAUGGCAGAUGGCUCCACUCUCAAGUGCAGGUUGUCCUUUCACACAUAAAUCUGUUUUACCUCAGAGGAAAACAGGAAAACUAUGAAUGAAAGUAAGUAGCUCAGCAACACCUUUAAAAUGAAAAGAUUUUCAUUAAAGUUACUGGAAAAGGGCUUGUAGAAACCGGACACAUUCCACUUCCUUUCACUUCUUUUGAAGCUACGGCGUGCGGAACGUAUGUGAGAUCCUCAGAUCUCCUCUGCUUCUGUACAAAUAAGAGCACCUGCAGCUUUACCUUUUCGUGUCCCUCAGACUCCCAGCUCUGUGAGAUGAGAGAAACACCAUUACAUAAACAAAUACAAUAUUUCCUCAUCUACAGACUACAGGCAUGCAGAUAACAGAGAAGGAUUCUUUCCUCAAUAUGAUAGAAAGAAAAAAAGUGAAUCUCAUAGAAGAUGCUGAGAGUUUUGAAUUCACUUGCAGUUGUUUAACCAGGGUGGGUAAGGGAGCCAUGUUCUCAUGCUCUCUCCCCUUUGGAGAGAGCCCCAUGGUUUGGUAGUUCCUCAUUUUUAUUUUGGACUGUUAGUAUGAUCAUGGCUGUUUUUUAGAGACAGCUCUUCACAAUCUAUUCAUCUCCUCUGCCUCUCUGCUCUGCCUAUCUCAUCUAAAAGGCUUUUAACCCUCAAUUUUGGUGUCCCAGUUGUGUAAUUUGUCCCACUAUGUUUUCAUGAUACCAAUUAGGUCACAGUUUUCUAAUUGCAUGGUGACUUCCAGCUCCUCUUGCUUAUUUCCAAGUCAUCUUGCAUUAAUGUAAAGGCAUUUCAGCCGGGCUAUUAGCCAUGUUAUGUUCUUGGAGGAGCCCUCCCAAAUUCCUUAGAGAAAAAUCUAAGGUUUUCCCCUUCUGCUUUCUAAAGUGACAGUGUUCCCUGGCUCUUCCCUGUCACUCAGAAGUACAUCCCCUUCCCUCACUCAAUCUACAUUAAAGAUCUGCUGAUUGGUCCAACCAGCUUUCAGCCCAGGAUGUUUUUGCUCCACUGGUCAGUUGCAUCCCAUCCAAUGUCAACGUGCCUGGUCUCUCAAAGGUGCAUCCUCAAUCAUGGAACCCAGAACUUUGAGUGUGACACCACCCACACACCAGUCAUUCAACUGAUUUGUUCUCCUCCUUCUACCCAGGUCCCAGGCUCCGGGGAGGACAGGGAACGAUCUCCAUACUCCAAUCCCUUCAACAUCCUUCCAAGGAACAUAAAGUCUCAAUUAAUAUUUGAAAUUUCCUUGUUGCAGCCUCAGCUGAUCCAACUUGAAAAAGCAGGAGUGGAUAGUAUUCGUCUGGCUUUAUAAGACUCAUUAGCCUCUUCUUAGUGUCUGGGCAACUGACAAAUGGGCACUUCUCAGUGAGGAGUCCUCAGUUACUAACAUCCUGUGCCUGUUUUUGGUGGCAUUGAUUCUAAAUUGGGUCGUUGGUUGGAGCAACUUAAUGCAGUUGUCUCUUCUUGAGUCUGAACCCGUGCCUUCACCUCUUUCCAACCCCAGGCCCUCGUAUCUGUUGUGUAGGGGCAUUACAGGAGGAGACAAAUCGUGCUCUGAGCAGAGACAAAGGUCCAGUUUCCCUCGUCUUGUGUGUUUCUGUGGUCUGUCUUCAAGUUGGAAUCUAGUUUAGUUUCCUCCUCUUGCAGGGAUUUAAGACAGGCUGGCAGUCUGCCCAUGUCACUGCUCAAUACUGUGCAUCAAUCUCUACCUAUCUGAUUUCUGAAUACUAUGCAUCCAGGUGAUUUCCACAUGCAAUUCAGCCAUUUGCUCAAAAAGUUCAUCAAGCAAAGCAGACUGCACCGAUGAUACCCCUCUCUGCCUUCAGACCUUUAGCCCUUCCUGCACAAGCUACCACACCAAGGCCAAGCUGAUAUGCCACGUUCUGACUGCCACGUUCGUGGUCACUCUCCAUCCCUGAGGCUGCCCUUGUACACAUGAGGGUGUUAUGCUUCUCCAUUUCAGAAUGUUCCUGCACUGGAGCUGAUUGCCUUGGAGAAUACAGCAUGUUUACUAUUUAUGCAGGCUGACUGACAGCCCUGGACUAAGCUUAAGUACAGGUAGGCUGAAAUGGGUUCUUGGGUUAUUGGCAGGGUGAGCGGAAGCCUUGGAAGGGCCAGCCAGGGCCCUGGUAAUUAUGAAGGUUGCAUGUCUGGUAAGAUAGUUAAUAUCUUUUGUUCCAAUACCAGGACACAACCAGUGACGCAGUUAUGGGACCAGGGAAAGAGAAGUGAUGCAGACUUCUCACAACUGCAUUAUUUACCCAGUCUAUUGCAGGGAAAUCCAUGCAGUGAGAUCCGGUAAUGGAGGGCAGGGAGCGUUUCCUGUCUGGGACACAACGUGCUGGGACAACCCAGCUGCAGCCCCGCUCUUGCUCCCUUCUGAUCCCAUCAUACCCACGGUACAACCAUAUUCUUUUUCUACACAUGGCAUUCGUUCUCUUGCUGCAGCCUCGUGUAUGCAGUGUCCUCAGGAUGAUUGUAGCCUGAAAUGAACUCCAGAUUAAUGGAAAACGCUAUCAGUUGCCAUGGAAAUACAUGGUCAUGUGGUAGCAGUUGUACUUCCUAUUGUGCUUAGAACUAAAACUCUUAGAUGAGCCUAAUUUUUACACUUUCUCACAGUUCUCCUAUAAAUACCUUUUACUCAUAUCUGUGGUCAGUACAUUCAGUCUCCUGGCAUGACUCACUAUGUUUUCCAUUCUGUGAUCUUAUGCCAGGUUAUUACACGCUUACGCUAAAGCUUUCUUCUGCACAGCUCUUCAGAUUUCCUAGUUUGCUGUUUAGGACUGCAAAGCCAAAUUCCUGUGGAUAGCUAUCAGUGUCAAGGAUUUCCAUGAAUGAAGAAAACAUCAUGGGUGGAGACAACUCUACUACACAUUUCACACAUAAGAGAAUCAUGAAUGUUUUUAUUGAUUUAAUAAAGACGUAAUGUAGUGAUUUAACAGCAACUUCACAAGAUUUGAGAUGACUGGGUACACGUGGUUAUUUACUGUGUAGAGGGUAAGGUAAGGCUGUUCUUCCAUUGACUCCCAAGGUUCAGAGUGGACACCCUUGCUGUCUAAACUCCUUGAGCCCUGAAUGGAGGUAAGGAGCCCAGGUGGGGCUGAAUCCAUUCCUAGCCCCAGACGUGGUCAACAGUUUAUGUGUAAGGGAUCACAUGUGCAUAAUCAUCUAAGAUUAUGCAUCCAGUUACCAAAACUAACAAAGCCUAAAAUUCACUUCCCAAAGAUCCGGAUUGGCAAAGCAUCUUGCUGUCAGGAUGUAAGGGAUCCCAGCACAGGCAUAACACUGAGAGGCAACUCUGCCUUAAGGGGAGAUGCUGUCAUGCAGCUUGCUGCUGUGCAGUCUUGAGGAGCUCUUGGGCUGUUCACUGUUUUUAGGCACAUGUUCAACUGGCCCUCAGCAGUUGAACCAGGUGUCUGCUAUCAGUUCUUUCAGCCCCCCAGUUUGAGACAGAUUUUUCAUUGUUAAUCUCUCUUACCAAGAAUGUUAUCAGUAUCGUGGAAUCAUAAAAGUUGGAAAAGAUCAUUAAGGUUGCCUAGUUCAACCAUCAGACCCAUCACCAUGGCAUUCAACAAAGGUGGGAGAUUCUCCUUGGCCCUCCUCUUGUCAAUAUAAAAACAUUUGUUAUUAACAAUGGUGGCCAGAUUAAGUUCUUGCUGGAAUUUCACCAUUUUCAUUUUCCCUCUACGUACCCUAACAACUUCCUUCCCAAGUUGCCUGAUCCACCUUCCAGAAAUGGUAAACUGUCUUUUUUUCUCAGUCUUAGGAAAUGCUCCUUAUUCAGCUAUUAUUCCCACUGGCUUAUCUUGUGGCACAGGAUGACAGUCUGUUCCUAUGUCUUAAAGAUUUCCUUCUAGAGGAAUGCCUACUAUUCCUGGACCCCUUUGCACUCACACUUCAGGAUGGAUUCUCCCAACCAAUGUCCCGAUCAGCUCAGAGUUCUGUUUCUCACUGUCUUCCCGUGCAAGGCCUUGUUUGCAAAGCCAGGCUGAGUGAGGAGGUGGAGAAAGAAGUGGUGGGCAGUCACACUGUCACAAUACUGCAACUGGUCUCUUGCCUUUGCUGGCUGUCACUGAGCUCUAGUGUGCAGGAGGUAAUGAAUGCUGUGCCAGGCAUGUCAGCAUGGAAAACUACCACAGAGGGUGGUAGGGUUGGGCAACUGUAAACAGGACCUCUACUUUACUAGGUAAAACAUCUGCCAUCACUAACCAAAUCACUUGUGGGCUGAUAUGAAGACAAUUUAAUGGGACAGAAAAGGAAGAGAAAACAAUGAUAAAAGAAUAUACAGAAUGAGUGGUACACAACACAACUGCUCAUCAUCAGUGGGUUGAUGGCCAGCCAACUCCCCUAGUUUUAUUGUUUAGCACAUUGCCACGGUACGGGAUGUCCCUUUGGCAACUUUGGGUCAGUUGACCUAGUUCUGACCCCUGCAGCGUCUGAUGCACGGACUCAGAUGCGAAUGAUCCAAAUCGUCUCUUACAAGUUCUCACAUCGCUUAUACACCUUCACAAGUUUUCUUUUCCUGGUUUUCCCAUCCAUUCCUACAACUCUCCCGUCCGCCUUUACACGUCAACAGCAGCUGCAACGCAGGCGGGGCGGAGGAAGGCGGCGGCGCGGCGAGCGUCGUGGGCGGAGCUGAAGGCAGCAGCGAGGGGGGGUGGGCGGCGAUUCCUCUUGUCCGCGGUCAGGGCUGGGGUCGGAGCCUCGGGUGGAAUCCGGACCGGGGCUGCUUUCUGCACCGAGGGGCAGCGGCGAGGCUGGCAGGGAGGGCGAUGGGCAACAGUCGGGAGAGAUUCUCCCUUGUCGAAUUUGUUUAAGCCCUUCCCUGAUUCGGUGCCAAACGGGUAAAAGUUUAGCGGCCGUUCUGUCUUUAGUAAUAGAAGCUUCCCGGAGUUUUGCACCGAUUUUGCCCCAAAGCUCUCCAUCGGAAGAGAAUCCAGUUUUCGGCAGUUCGGGACAUUUUUGCUUAUCCAUGUGAGAAAAGUAACUAGUGCCGAGGUCGAUACAGGCUGCUGCUGAAACGUUGAAACUAACCGUAACGCUGCAAGAUUUACUUGCUGCUCCUUCGUUAGCGAGCUCCCCGUAGUGCCCGGCUGCUCCCCGCGUGUCCUGCAGGCGGUGCGGGCGCCAAGCGAUCCCUGCGCAGUUCAGUCGGGCGGCGCUGCCGGGCUCGUUCAGCCUCGGCUUCAUUUGCGCCACGCGGUGGGCGCCAUUUUUGCAGCGUCUGCUGCACGGCCUCAGACGUGAACGGUCCAAAUCGUUUCUUACACGUUCUCACAUCGCUUGUACACCUUCACACGUUUUCUUUUCCUGGCUUUCCUAUCCAUCCUUACAGCUCUCCCGUCCACCUUUACACAUCAACAGAGCAUUGUACAAAGCACUCUUCAACUGUUCACACAUCCCCUGGAUGCCACGCAGGUGCUGCGUAACAUCACAGUGCAUCACAGUACGGGGCUGGUAUUGAGGCUGUCAGCAGGCAGUGCUGCUCCGCUUUGGCCUGGGCCAGCGGUGAGUGCAGCAGCAGGGGGGGGCUGUGCUGGGCCGGGUGCAAACACCGCCUGCGAGGGGUUUGGGAGCCUGCAGUGACAGCAGCCUGUGAGCGGCUUUCUGGGCAGUCACCACCAGCGCUGGGCUCGGCCCCUGCUGCCUCCCAGCUCCCACCAGCCCCACUGACAUCCCCUCUCUCACCUCUUCGACAUCAUGGCUUUGGCGUUUCUCUUCGCCUUGUUGCUGCAGAGAAUACCAUUUGUUGCUCAUAAUUUUGAUAUGGACGUGCUCGACCGCAUGCAGCAGCGUGAGGUGUAUCUGCAAGAGCAGAUGACAAAGAUGCUGCUGGAAAUAGAGGAGGAGGACAUGGCGCAGAGCAGGAUGGACAUUCAAGCCCUGCUCUUCACUGCGUUGCCUUACUGGUUUGUUCUUUGUGUUUUCGUCCCUCUAUUUUGGCUCACGUGGAAGAUCUAUAAAAAGAUACAGGGAGUUGAAGACGGCAGUGAUGAGGAGAGUUCCAGGAGUGAGGAGGAGGAGGAGGAAGAGGAGGAUGAUGGUAUUUUUUUUUCUGAUAUGUUCUGGACAAUCCAAAGCCAUCAAAGCGAUUGUGAACAGAUGUACUCGCUGAUGCGUUGCGUCAUGGAUGUAUGCCAAGAUAUGAUGUCAGACACUUUCUAUCCAGUGCCAGAGUGUCUCAUCGGGGUGGGCAGUACCUUUGAAGGCUGGUGUCCCGUUAGAAACGUACCUGUCUUUAGCCUGCUUGUGCCCCUGUUGGCCCCCCGUGGGCACACUUUCCACCUGGAUCUGGGCACCACAGGGGAGGUACCAGCAACAGACUCCUGCAUCCGUGUCGAGCUGGAAUGCACGUGUGGGAGGGAGCAGGAGAUGCGCAUGCUGUGCUUCCUCCACUCCUCCACAAAACAGCUGGACAGUCAGGAACCCAGCCUCCUAGGCAGCCUCUGCACUGACUCCUACCUAGACGCGGAGAAGACUGCCUGCUGGUUCCAGGAGCUGAUCUGUGAUGCCUGGAAUCGCAUGCCCGUGUCAGAGUUUACCAUGGAGAUAGACACGGUGAAGUCCAGGCGCUCCUGCAGGAUUCACGUGAGAGAUCUCGACCAAAGAAUCUUCUACAUUGAGUUCGUGUUUGGCGUACAGCAAGAUGAUACAGACAUCUUUCUGAGCAGCCAUGAGAUAGUGGCUCGUCAUACCCCCAGCACGGUCUGGCCACAGAGCUGUGUUGUGGCAGAGAGAAAGUUCCUCCAGUAUAUAGCCAACCAUGCCCAGGGGGGCAGUUUCUACAUCAGAUAUCUCCAACUGUGUGCCUAUCUCAUGGCGGGCCUCAAGUUUUCUAUCUAUGACCUGAAGACAGUGGUCAUGCACCUCCUGACUACCAUCCCUUUGGAAGGGUGGCACAGGAGGGAUUUCCUGCAGCGGAUGGAUGACAUCGUGAACUACCUGUCCUGCUGUGUAGAGGAGAAACGUCUGAACCACUUCAUGGUAGGAAAUGACUUGGUGCCAGAGGAGAUUAUCUUGCCGCAAGAGUUCCGAGAGUCCGCACCGCUCAACGUGUUCCAGCACCUGGAGGAGGAACCGGACAAAUAUGAGCAGGCGCAGCUGGAUGUGGAGGAGCUGCAAGACCGGUUCACAAGCAUGGUGAUCUAUGGGAGAUGAGAGGCGUGCACUUGUCCCACAGAUGAGCUCUGGGAAUUGCUCCGAGAUGUUUUCUCCACACUGGGGCAGCCAUAUCCUGUGGGAUAAUGUCACGGAGUUAACUAGAUCAAUCUGUGCCCGUGACAGGGGGCAGUAGGCCCCUGCCCCCCCUCUCUCCUCCUGUCCAAGCUGAAUUCUGGCAGCUCAGGCUACCUGAAGGUUAUUUUGCUGUUCUUCAGUAGCCCUCUUGGGCACAUGAGCAUCUACACGGCGUACCUUCACAACCAUUUUCUUUAUUCGGGCAGCAAUAGCUUUCCACAGUUCAGCAGCCCAAAUAGGUUUACCCCUUCUUUGCCAGUUAUUUU